UGUCAACGUCAACGUGUAACUGCUCUAACGUUAACUGCUUGAUCUAUGUUCUAUUUCAGUGCUCCACUGUCUGAUGUUUAUCCAGAAGUGUUUUCACACAAUGAACCCGAGCAGAGCCCAGAGGAGCAUUAUGGGAAGCGCCGAGAGAGGCGGAAGCGUCCUCACUCACACACAGAGCAUUGUGAAAGUGUCCUGACACAAGUGUCUGAGCUCAUAUCCGCCGCGAUGGACCUGAAGGAGAAAACUGUGGCGGCGCUAAAGAAACACGACAGCGGCGAGCAGAGUCUCCGUUUCCCGGAGCUUCCCGGAGCCUCGGUGCUGAUCCCGCUGCUGCUGAGAGACGGACAGCUGCGGCUGCUGCUCACCGUGCGCGCCAUCCACCUGAAGCAGCACGCCGGUGAAGUGUGUUUCCCGGGAGGAAAGCGCGAGCCCGGGGACCGAGACGAGGUCCACACCGCGCUCAGAGAAGCAGAGGAGGAGAUCGGGCUUCCUCCGGACACGGUGCAGGUCAUCUGCACACUCUUCCCCGUCCUCAACAAGACUGGUCUUCUGAUCACUCCGGUCGUGGCUUUCAUCGAGGACUCCUUCGAAGCGCGUCCGAACGCAGACGAGGUGAGCGAGGUGUUCACCGUUCCUCUGGAGUUCUUCACUAAAGCGGCGGAUCACGCCGGAUAUCCUGUGCCCAGCGUCUUCGGCCCGACCCACAGCUUCAUGUACACGGACCCCAGCACAGGCAGCAUCCACCAGAUCUGGGGUCUGACCGCCGCUCUGGCCAUCACCGUCGCUGUGCUGGCCCUCGGAGAGAAGCCCGAGUUCGACCUGGGCUUCAGCCUGGACGAUCCUGCUUCUGGGUUCAAAGACCUGCUGAGUCGUAGACUGAGCAAAUUAUGAAGACGCUUCAGA